AGUGAAGUUAAAAUACAAAAAUGCCAGCAAUUGGUAUUGACUUGGGUACCACAUACUCGUGUGUUGGUGUGUGGCAACAGGGAAAAGUGGAGAUCAUCGCCAAUGACCAGGGGAACAGGACAACUCCAAGUUACGUGGCCUUCACAGAUACAGAGAGACUGAUUGGAGAUGCUGCGAAGAAUCAGGUGGCGAUGAACCCUGCGAACACAGUGUUCGACGCAAAAAGACUCAUCGGUCGUAAAUUCGACGAUCCAAAAAUUCAGGAUGACAUGAAGCACUGGCCCUUCAAGGUCCUAAAUGAUGGAGGGAAGCCAAAGAUUCAGGUUGAAUUUCGUGGGGAAAUGAAGAGGUUCAACCCCGAGGAAAUCAGCUCGAUGACAUAUGUUUUCUCAGUAAAGCAGGCGGUCCAGGAGCAGGGAGCCAAGCUGAAUCAGGAGGAGAAAGACAGGACUCUACAGCUCUGUGAUGAGGCCAUUCAGUGGCUGGACAAUAAUACACUGGCAGAGAAGGACGAGUACAAUGACAAACUGCAGGAGAUGCAGAAGAUCUGUUCACCCAUCAUGACGAAGCUUCAUCAGGGGUCUGGAUGCCCACCGCAAGGUUGUGGUGCACAACAACCUCAGGGAGGCAAUGGCUCCGGCCCGACCAUUGAGGAAGUUGAUUGAAUUCACAAAUAUCUUUAGAAACUCCAAAGGUCUUCACAAUUACA